GCAAUAAGACUUUCUGUAUAGUUAACUGUCAUCGUUUUAAAUUACUUUAACGAGUAGUUUGUAGAAAUAAUGAAACAGCUAAAUUAGUUGUCCUUUUUUGUUUGAUUAGUUAUCAUAAUCAGAAAUGAGUAAGCCUGUUCCUGUAUGAAGAACUGAACGAUAUUUCGGAGGCAAUGAUUUCGUAUUGUGAAUUCAUUGAAAUUGAAUAACUGUGUAGGCAUAGAAAGAACAGAUAAUUGUUUCAAAGUUUCGCAAGAGUCAUUCAUAAUAAUAAUGCGAAUAGAAGUUAACUUUUAUCAAUUUGCACUUUAACUCGUUUAACUUUAAGUGUAAAUGCAAUAUUUCACAAACAGGAUGUGAAAAUCGCAAGUAAAAUGUUAUUGUGUAACCAUCAGUCAAGAUGUGUGACCCACGUUUAUGAUGUUUCCUGGGGCAAAGAACCCGAGAAUUAUGUUGAACUUAAAGGCUGUAGUGGAACAAAGAGCACCAUUCUAUCCAACACGAAGACAAUGCUCUUAAAAGAUGCCUGUGACUUUGAAUAGAAAAGUGACAAGAUUUUUGUUCACGUCUAAGAUAUUGAAACCUUAUACAAGAUUUUCUACUCUGAAAGAUUUAUCAGUUGUGGUGUGAAAAGUCAAACAUUCAAUUAUUGUAACACUAGAUUGCUGCCCUGCCUUUUUGUGAUAGGAGCUUCGUUUUUCUAAAUCACAAAUACAAAAAAUGUCUCAGAGUAAGAGUGAUAUUGCACCAAUGAUAAAUGGAGAUUGCCUCAAUUUUGGAAAAAAAGUAUCUUACCAUGCAAGCCUAGAACCCUCAUCUGAGGUGGAAAGAGAAAAUGAACCAUAUGUAUUUUUGGGUGGAUCAUGCAACCCAACAACUUGGAGAAGAGAUAUAGCCAUUCCCAUAUUGAAUAAGCUAAAUAUUGCUUAUUAUAACCCACAGUGUGCACAGUGGGGACCUGAAUUGAUUAAUUGUGAGAACGAGGCAAAAGAAGGUGCUCAAGUUCUGCUUUUUGUCAUCGACACCCAGACAAGAUCUGUGGCAUCGAUGAUUGAAGCAGCCCAUAUAGCAGGGACUUCAAAAAACUUAAUCUUGGUUAUUUACCACUUGAGAAAUGAAGGUUGCACUACUGUCAUGGGAGAGAAAAUUACGGAAAGGGAGCUUCAGGAGCUAAUUCAAGGACGCACAUACUUGAAAUAUCUUGUUUGGAAAAAAAACAUCUCCGUGUUCGAUAACAUUCCCUCUGCUAUAGAAGCUGCUCAGGUCAGUCUUAAAAAUGAAAACCAUCAGAAUUUCGGAGUAGAUCAGGCCAAGGUCUUGCAUGUUGUUGGAGAGAAAUUAAAACAGCAGAAGAAUGUGGCUGUUAACCUUGAUAAUUCCAACUCAGGGGAAAUCAGCAUAACACAUCAACAGAAAAAUUCCUGCCUUAUUAAAAACUUUAUGCACACUGUGUUCCAGCCAGUGUUGCAAUUUUUUGAUUGGAUACAACCCUUCUGUAAUUAUAAAGAUGUCUAUCUCGGAGGAUCUUCAGGCUCAUGGAGAGAAGAUGUGGCUAUACCCAUUCUCAAAAAAUAUGGACUAACUUAUGGAUAUCCUUUAGAAGAACAUACAUGCAGUGAAAAGUUCUUGCAAAUGGAGAGAAACAUUAUAGAGAGAUGUAAAGUUUUACUGUUUGUUAUAACAAAGGAAUCCAGAUCAUUAUCCCAGAUGAUAGCAGCUGCUCAUUACAUAGGCCGAGAAAGUGAGAAAGACAAGAAACGCCAGAUUGUCUUGUGUAUUCAAGACAUAGAAGAAUCAACAUCUAUUGAUGGAGAGAAACUCUCCUCUCAAGCUGUUAAAGACUAUAAUCGUGGUCGGGUUUACUUGCAGAACAUAGCAAAACAAGCUGACAUUUUCUUGAAAAUUGAAGAGGCAGUUGAAAAGGCAGCUGAAUAUGCUAUUAAGUAUUCUCAGGACUCUUAGUGCGUCUGAAAUGGAGACUAAAAUCUCAUGUUCUCAAAUCAUUUCAGGUCCUCUGUUCAUACUUUUUCCACUCCAGCAUUAAGGCACAUACAGUUGAUAGUCGCAUUGUCGGUAUAUCAUAACUUCCAUUUUCAGUUUCAUUAAUAUGUAGUGGGUACACAUCUGUGGUUUUUAAAGUAUUGUAAAUAAGAAGGUGUAGUAAAUUUAAAAAGACUACUUUUUAUGUAAAUAAGCAUAUAUCCCCACCUCUUCUUUUUUUAACAAUAAAUGUUCUGUAGUACAUUUCUCUAUUUUUUAUUUUCUUGGCUACAUAAAGAAUUCCUUAGUGUUAGAUCGGAUAUAAAUAUUUGGCAAAUUAAGUUUCUAAACUUACUUACACAUGAUACAACUAAAAGGAAUAUUCUUGGUUUCUGAAACUCCUAACAACCAGGUGGUGGGUCUAAAUCACACUGCUUUUCUAUUCAGAAAAGGGCGGACUGCAGAUCAUAAUUAAUGAUCUUGUGUAGUUAGUUCUUCAAACUUAAUUCCCUUUCUUUUGGUUAGUGUCUUUGAACUUUACAAGAAUAAAGACCAUUAGCUCUGUGGGACUUUCAGCACCCUCCCACUACUCCAUAAAUAUCCAAUACAAAAAUGUUCAUGGAAAUUUGUAUUAUUAUUGAAUAUAUUGUAAAAUUACAAUAACCAUGAGUAUAUCAGGAUAUAUAAAAAAACAUUUUUUAAAAUACACAAAUUCACUUUUAAUUUAGUGUAGUUGAUGAAUCUAGCAAAUUAGCUUAGAAAAUGUCAAAGGUAUUUAACAUGCACAAGUAACAGUGUCAUCUAGUAAACCCACCCCAUACUAUGAACAAACGGUAGUAUUUCUUCAAAAGCAAAAGAUACAGGAUCAUAAAGAAAUGGAAUAGUCUUCUGCACAAAACCCACAAUACAAAUUACUAUUCUUCCAUAUUGUUUUAGAAAGGUUGAACUAUAGCAAUGUCUUCAUUAUUGUAGUCCUUUAAUGCCAUUGCUAAGGCAUACUAAAUAAAAGAUAAAAACUGUUGGAUGAAUGUGGAGUGAUUAUUUAGUGCUGCAAUUGUGUAGUCCACUUGCAUUUUGUGCCCGUCCCUCAUGACUGAAUGUGAAAUAGUGAUGCUGCAAUAUUACACACCAAUCUCAGUUAUUUUCACAAUUGAAGAUGUAGUGCACCCAUCUUCUAGUUAAAAACUGGAUUUUCUCAGCUUUAUGACAGUGUAGCACUAUGGAGUACAUUCUUCAUAAGAAUGAUGCAGAAAUAAACGAAGUACGCACAGCUGUCUGCUGCUAUA